AUGGCGACCGUCACGGAAACUGAUACCGCGACGUCGGAGCUCUUUGAGCUUCGCGACACCACAGACGCGACCUGCAAUUCACUCAACGAUAAUGAGCCCCCGCCAUCUUCCAACAAGCCAGACAAGGCAGAACUCCUCAAAAUAUUCAGCGCUGGCUUCUCCUUCUUUGUCGCGGGCGUUAAUGAUGGAAGUAUUGGAGCGCUAGUGCCUCACAUCAUUCGCGACUACAACGUCACGACCGCAAUUGUCUCAUCAGUUUACGGCGCAAAUUUCAUGGGAUGGUUCUUCGGUGCAUUCUCAAACACUCAUCUUUGUCAAAUUUUCGACCUUGGCUCAAUGCUUGCACUGGGUGCUGUCCUACAAGUCAUCGCUCAUGCUCUUCGGGCCUGGAAACCGCCAUUCGCACUAUUCGCUGUAACAUUCUGGUUAGCUAGUCUGGGACAAGCAUAUCAAGACACGCAUGGCAACACAUUUGUCGCCGGGACGAAGGGAUCACAUCGGUGGCUUGCGUUUAUCCACGCGAUGUAUAUGGCUGGAUGCCUUGUUGGACCAUUUGUAGCGACAGGCGUGGCGUCUGCAGGAACUACCUCAAGAUGGUACCUUUUCUACACUUUCCCGCUUGGAAUUGGCGUACUCAACGUCGUAUUCGUGAUCUAUGCGUUUUGGGAUACUCUCAAGCUCAAGAGAAAGCAGAAGCCGACUGAAAGGACUCUCGAGGCUGAUCAAUCCCCCGUUUCAAGGAAUGACGACGCUUUCGCUUUGAUCAAAGAGACUCUCAAGACCAAAAACGUGUGGCUCAUCAGUCUGUUCUUCUUUUUCUUUCUCGGAGCCACACUCACUGCCAGCGGAUGGGUGGUUGAGUACCUUGUCGAUGUGCGAAAUGGCGACAUCAACCAGAUGGGUUUUGUGCCUGCUGGAUUUAGUGGAGGGUCUCUACUUGGAAGGCUAUUUCUCGCCGAACCUACGCAUAGGUUUGGAGUCCGAAGAAUGAUCUUUGGGUUCACCAUUAUCAGCAUUGCUCUGCAACUGCUGUUCUGGCUCGUUCCCAACAUUAUCGCUGCAUCUAUCGCUAUCAGUUUUCUAGGUUUCUUCAUGGGUCCAUAUUUUGCCACUGGCAUUGAUGUCGGCUCCAAACUGUUCAACCCUCGUAUCCAAUCGACUGCUUUGGCAUUCGUCUUUGUCUUUGCACAACUCGGAGGCUGUAUGUUUCCCAUCAUCACUGGACUUGUCGCUGCGAGUGCUGGUGUUGGGAUUCUGCAACCUGUUCUUUGUGCGCUGUUAGUUGCCACGGCAAUCUCCUGGUUGUUUGUCCCGAUGCCUAAGGACACUGACAAUCCAACGCUGCACCAAGAGUAA